AUGACUCUCAUCCUCGGGGAAUCUGGCAGCGAUGUAGCGAGCGCGCCGAAACUCCCUCCACUUUUCUAAACAACAUGGCCUUGCGAAGUUCUGGCAAGCUGAGCAUGGAGACCAGGAAAGAUGGUGAGAGUAUGGCCCCUGCUCCUCCUCAGAAGAAGCUGUCCUGCCAGUGCCACCACCACUGCCCUGAGGACGCUGUCAACAACACCUGCAGCACCGAUGGCUACUGCUUCACCAUAAUAGAAGAGGAUGAGUCUGGUGGACAUUUAGUCACCAAGGGAUGUCUUGGAUUAGAGGGCUCAGACUUCCAGUGUCGGGACACUCCUAUUCCACACCAAAGAAGAUCUAUUGGAUGUUGCACAGGCCAAGAUUACUGUAACAGAUACCUUCAUCCUACACUGCCACCACUGAAGAAUCGAGACUUUGCUGAAGGAAACAUUCACCACAAGGCCUUGCUGAUCUCAGUGACUGUUUGCAGCAUCCUUCUGGUGCUUAUCAUCAUAUUUUUCUACUUCAGGUACAAACGCCAAGAGACGAGGCCCCACUACAGCAUCGGGCUGGAGCAGGAUGAGACCUACAUUCCCCCCGGAGAGUCCCUGAAGGAUUUGAUCGAGCAGUCCCAGAGCUCAGGGAGCGGUUCCGGGCUCCCUCUCCUGGUUCAAAGGACCAUUGCAAAACAGAUUCAAAUGGUGAAGCAGAUUGGAAAAGGUCGCUAUGGAGAAGUCUGGAUGGGAAAGUGGCGUGGCGAAAAGGUAGCAGUGAAAGUGUUUUUUACUACAGAGGAGGCCAGCUGGUUCAGAGAAACAGAAAUCUACCAGACUGUCCUGAUGAGGCAUGAAAAUAUUCUUGGAUUCAUUGCUGCAGAUAUUAAAGGUACAGGAUCUUGGACCCAGCUGUAUCUUAUCACUGACUACCAUGAGAAUGGCUCACUUUAUGAUUAUCUAAAAUCUACUACCUUGGACACAAAAGCCAUGCUGAAACUGGCUUACUCCUCUGUCAGUGGCCUGUGCCACCUGCACACUGAGAUCUUCAGUACUCAGGGCAAACCUGCUAUUGCCCACCGUGACCUAAAGAGUAAGAAUAUCCUGGUGAAAAAGAAUGGCACCUGCUGUAUAGCAGAUUUGGGCUUGGCUGUUAAAUUUAUCAGUGAUACAAAUGAGGUAGACAUCCCUCCAAAUACCCGUGUAGGAACAAAACGUUAUAUGCCUCCUGAGGUGCUGGAUGAAAGCUUGAAUAGAAAUCACUUUCAGUCCUACAUCAUGGCUGAUAUGUACAGUUUUGGACUCAUCCUGUGGGAGAUAGCAAGGAGAUGUGUUUCAGGAGGAAUAGUUGAGGAAUACCAGCUUCCAUACCAUGACCUUGUGCCCAGUGACCCCUCGUACGAGGACAUGCGGGAGAUCGUGUGCAUCAAGAGACUACGCCCCUCCUUUCCCAACAGAUGGAGCAGUGAUGAGUGCCUACGGCAGAUGGGGAAGCUGAUGAUGGAGUGCUGGGCUCACAGCCCUGCCUCCCGCCUCACAGCCCUGCGCGUCAAGAAAACACUUGCCAAAAUGUCAGAGUCCCAGGACAUUAAACUCUGACUCUGCCAGAGGCAGUGCUGCUGGAGGCCCCUGGAAAUGGACUUUGUUGUGCAGGCAGAAGUCCUGAAGAUGUAUCAGAAGUCUUUGCUAAGUACCUUGAGUGGAGGAGUCACGCUUAAGAGCGGCUGUGAGUUUUUGAGGAGACUAUCCAUCGUAAAAAAUCACCUGAAUUUUGACAUGCAAGAUUGAAGAGGCUUGUCUGCCCUUGUUUACAUGGGGAAAUACAGUUUUAGUAACUGGUUUAUGAUUAUGCAUGUUGCUUUCCAUGAAAGCCACUUAUUAUUUUAUUAUUAUUAUUAUUAUUUUGAUUGUUUAAAAAGAUACUGCUUUAAAUUUUAUGAAAAUAAAACUUUUGGGUUAGAAGUAAAAAAAAUAUGUAUAUUGUUACA